AUGAAGGUAUUUGUAAUAUCCGUCUUUUGUGCUCUGAUGGGCUGCGCUGCGGGUGGGUCAGUGGGGUGGCCGGGCGCUGUGGCUUUGUCUGCUCCCGUCGCCUUGUCAGCCCCUGUCCUAAAAACCGUCUUACCGGGAGAAACAAAAACUACCGCUUACUCUACUACCCAGUAUAUUAAUACGAUCCCUGCAUCAUACUCCUUUGGAGCUCAUCAUCAAUUACCAUACCAAAUUGCACAAGUGAACAGUUUGGCACCCUUGCCCACUGGGUACUAUUCCAUAGCAAAUCCUUCUUAUAUACCUGCAACGAAUAUAUUUUACCCCGCACAACAUUCAUAUAUUCCCACUUUUGGAGCUUUUCCCGCUUUUGCACCUGCAUCUCCUAGUACUCCGGCUCCAAUACAACCAUCGGUCCCAUCACAAACACCGAGUGCAGACAUCGGUCAAACUGCUGGUGAUGCCGAUUCAGCUGUUAUAGAUUCAAUAGAUUAUCCCUUUCAACAACAAGGGCAAGGGCAGCUGCCACAGACGACAAGUGGCAGCCAAUUAGGUGGCUCCGAGUUUCAACCUUUAAAUAAUUUAAAUCAAGAAUCAGGACAGCCUCCUCUAUUUCCAUCAAAUCCUCAAACAUCCCAAAAUCAACAGUCAUCGGCAUCAUCAUUCCCCCAAUAUACACAGAUCCCACAAGUACCUCAAAAUCCUCAAUUUCCCCUUGAUGAAGCGCCAGCUUUUCCAUCAAUUCCACAAAUUCCCCAAGCUCCACAGUUUCCCCAAACUCCACAGAUUCCAAAUAAUCCUCAAAAUUCUCAAGGAUCGUCAUCUUUAUUCCCUCAAUUUCCACAGAGUCCUCAAAACCCUGUAAUGUCCAUACAAGCUCCACCAGCAAUUUCACAUAUUCCUCAACAAGGACUUAGCCCCUCAUCUCCCCAAUACCCGCAAUUCCCAUCAAACAUUUUCGCUCAAGGACCUUCUCAACCUUCACCAGCGAGUUUUCCAGCACCUGCUAACAAUGACAGCAGUUUUAAUGAUGAAGACACGGUUUCCGUCGAUUCCGCUUGA